CACGGGGCUGUGUGAGUCUCCGGCCCGCUAUGGGGGCUGCCCCUUCUUGCUGUCGUUGACAUGUUUCAUUAUCGCUGCGUCGGACUCCGUGUACACUUCCAUUCCUGUCGUUUUCGCACUGGUUACACUCCCCAUCCGCUCGUUCCGAUUAGCUGCUUAAUCUGUCUUGAUAAGAUUUCGUCAUUCUCAAGACCUCCUGUCUAGAUUCCCAGUGUCUUUCUGCUCCUCCUUUUGUAUUGCAGAUGGUUUGAAUAUCUUAGUUUACAUCGGCUGUCAUGGGCCCUUUAAUGCGACGCAUUGCGGUGUUGUGCACUUCUACUGUCCUUCUUUACCUUGCUUAUCGCCAGCUUACGCUUGAAGCUGGAUUUCCACUACCGACCGCCACAUCGUCGACCCGCGUCGUUGGGCCUGUGAAGUGGAAGGAAAUCCCCCAAAAAUACCCAGUAGCUUCGACAAUUGCUUUGCCCACAGGCACACCCUCGGCGAUCCCCCACAUCCAGCACGAAUUCGGCGUCGAGACACAGCACAACAAGGCAGAGAGGCUCCGCAGACAGGCUGCCGUGAAAGAAGCGUUCUUGCACUCCUGGAACGGAUACAAGAAGCACGCAUGGCUGCAGGAUGAGGUCACUCCGGUAACAGGAGGCUUCACGAACGCAUUCGGGCAGCGGGCUGCAACCCUGGUCGACGCCCUGGAUACCCUGGCGAUUAUGGGCUUGGACGAUGAGUUUGAGGCAGCUGUGAAGGCUGUCAAAGGCAUUGACUUCACCACGAGCGGUGUGACUCGUAUCAAUGUGUUCGAGACGACGAUCCGCUAUCUGGGCGGGCUGCUCGGCGCGUACGAUGUAAGCGGAGCAAAGCACCGCGUCCUCCUUGACAAGGCCACUGAGCUGGGAGACAUGUUGUAUGCGGCUUUCGACACGCCGAAUCGUAUGCCCGUCGGGCGUUGGGACUGGGCGAAUGCUGCUCUGCGCAUGUACCAGGAAGCCGACGGACAAGGAUUCAGCGCGGAGCUGGGCUCACUGACUCUCGAAUUCACCCGCCUCACGCAGCUCACCGGCGAUGCCAAAUACUACGACGCCGUCGCCCGCAUCACAGCCCUGCUCUCCAAGCACCAAGACCGCACCCAGAUCCCCGGCCUGUUCCCGAUCCGCAUCAGCCCCGCGCGCGAAGACUUCUCGCAGGACAAGCACUUCACCAUGGGCGGCAUGUCCGACUCCCUCUACGAAUACCUCCCGAAGCAACACCUCCUCCUCGCCGGCCGCGACCCGCAGUACGAAAACCUCUACGCCAACGCCAUCCGCGAGGCAAAGCAACACCUCUUCUUCCGCCCGCUCAACCCGCAAAACGCAGACAUCCUGGUCGCCGGCUCCGCCUCGCUCAGCUCCGCCACGGGCUCCUCCACCCUCGACCCCACCGCGCAGCACCUGUCGUGCUUCACCGGCGGCAUGGUGGGCCUCGCAGCGCGCAUCUUCAACCGCACGGAGGAACUCGACACCGCGCGCAAGCUCGUCGACGGGUGUGUCUGGGCCUCGGAGAACACGCCCACGGGGCUCAUGCCGGAGGCCGUCACGCUGGUGCCGUGCGGCAGCGCCGCAGACUGCGCGUGGGACCCAGCGAAGUGGCGCGACGCGGUCUCGGUCGCGGGCGUGGGCGUGGGCGAGUACGAGCGCCACGCCGACGCGGCGGAUAUCAUCAAGGAGGACGGGCUGCCGGCUGGGUUCGCGCGCGUGCAGGACCGCCGGUACUUACUGCGCCCCGAAACCAUCGAAUCCCUCUUCACCCUCCACCGCAUAACCGGCGACCCGUCCCUCUCCGACGCCGCCUGGCGCCUCUUCACCGCGACCACAAACGCCACGCGCACCACACACGGCUACUCCGCGAUCGCCGACGUGACUUUGCCGCCGACUCACGGCAGCCAGAAACUCGAUCAGUGCGAGAGCUUCUGGCUCGCCGAGACGCUGAAGUACUUCUACCUGGUGUUCAGCGACCCGGGCGUCGUGAGUCUGGAUGAGUUUGUUUUUAAUACCGAGGCGCAUCCGCUGCGGCGACCGGUGGCGGCGUAGAAGUAGGUGGAUUGAAGGCGGGAGGGAUGGCUUGGGAGGGGGCGUCGUGUUGCGGGUAAGAAUCACGGUCGGUCUUGUGCAUGUCUCCGCGUCCUGCGACCUGGGGAAGAGAGAGUGCGCGGCUCUGCUCUGCUAGCAAGACAUCGUUCACGAAUCGGGAUCAACACGUGUUGCAAAAUCCAGACAGUGUAGUUGGCAGCGAAGUCUGAUCUCCACAACAAAAAGAGGUCAUUAACUUAAAGCCUCCGCGCCCAUGGCAGGGAGUAUUGGUAUGAGAAUCGCAGAGUUGGCUUUGAGCAUUCGAACAAAAUAGCAAACAACACCACUAGGCACAAAAGUACAUCACUGCACCACGGAAGUGCUGGGGCGUCACGGGUAGAAUAUACAAAUGCAUCAACAAUAU